UAUGGAUGAUACAGAAGGGGCAGAGGUAGAGGUGCUGUAUGGUAGUUUCGCAGCUACAUAGGAGCUUUGAGGACCCAAACUAUCAUACCCCCACCCCAAUAUUGAUGUUUCUGGUCGGGUGUGGCUUGCUGUGGCGAGUGUAGGAGCUAGGGCCGAUAGACCAUGAACCUUGCAGCAAAGGGGGAAUUUCCUGACAGCAGCACAGAGAAAAGUAGUGCCCAGGCAGGGUGGUUCCAGAGAGAGUGAGGAGACAGGUAGCAGCUUACAAGAGACCACCAGAAGGGAGAAUGGAGGGUGUUAGGAAAGGUGAUAUGAAAUAACCCCCGAAAAAGAAGUAGGUAUUCUGGAUAGCUAGUUACAGUACUUGCAGACAGAGGAACAUACAACAGGAAUACAUGCCUCCGUACAAUAUCAGCCGGCGUUGUCGUGCAUGGCGCAUCCCCCUUGAUCGUGGCCUAGUGAGAGUACUCUUCUUCCGGGCUGCAUCAUCAUCAUCCGGUUCCUUCAAUCAAUCAUCAGUCAAUCAUCCGUGUGUCCCUUGAGGCCACAACCACAGCAGCUGUUUCGCCAUUAUUUGACUUUUUCCUGGCUGCUUCCUCUGUCUCGCCUCUCGUUGUUCGCCCAGCUCCAGUUCCAGCUCCAAGUUCCAGUUCCAGUUCCAGCUCCCCCUUUCCUUUUCUUUCCCUUUUCCCUUUUUCCCUUUUUCCUUUUCCCCUUUGGCUCCAGUAAUCAGAGUAAGUCAGUCUGGCUGCGCCUGAGUCUGAGUCUGCGCAUGCCACUUACUACUAAUACCAGAUCCCAUCCCCCUUCUCUUCUCUCGUUCUCUUCUUCCUUUCUUUCUUUUUCUCCUCUUCAUUUUCUCUCUUCUCUCCUUCUCAUACUCUCCCUUCCCCUUCUUCCCAGGCUUGUUUUCUUUUCCCCCCGGGCGCUUCUUGUUCUUGUUCUUGUUCCAGUUCCAUCCCGCUACCACACAACUCCCGUAUCUCGCGCCCGUUCUUCUUAUAUGACAGCUUCACCCACCCCCCCGCUCCCAAAUCUCCCAAAUCUCCCAUCUUCCGUCCGUCUUCAUUCUCGCCAACUUUUUUGUCCCUCACCAUCACCAAACGCUCCCCCCGGAACACGUCAACAUCAUCAUCACCACCCACCAUCCGCCAUCCGCCAUCCGCCAUCCACCACCUAAAAACCUCUGGUUCUCUGCGUGUUUGAAUGAUCGCGGAUAAUUAAUUCAUUUUGAUGUUCCUGGAGCUUGCUUUAUCCCGCCACCCCGACAAAGCACCAACACCAGUCCGGUCCGUCCAACAGCGCAAUCCGACUCCAAACCGCCAAAAGUUUUUCUUCCUUGUGAUUUUCGUGUUCCUCGUCGUCUCCUCCUCCUGCCUAAACCAACUCCGUGAAACUAACCAACCACCACCGCAAACCACGACGCGACGGUUCUCUUUCUAACCACGGUCGCCUCCGGGUUCAUAUUGCUGUCCAGGAUCGAUGUUCAUCCACCACCAAUGAAACAGGGAAAUUCAUUGAGUUUUCUAUUGUUCUUCCACCACCAAUUUCCGGCGUUCAACAACUCAACACCACGUGAUUAUUUUAUUUUGCUGCAGGACGAGCACAAAUAAAAAUAUAAAAAAAAUAAAAAAAAUAAAAAACCCAAUUUAUUUCACAAGGAGAAACACAGGGAGAACGAGCCAGGUUCUGAGUAAUAAAGAGGAAUCUAUUCUCCAGCCAACAGAUCAUACAUACACAUGUGUGAAUGUUAACACUGGGCCUGUUCGAUAUCUAAAAAACAGGAUAAAAAUAAUAAAAUAAUAAUAACAAUAAUAAAAUAAACCCCUCUCUGAGACACGGGCCAUUCAAUUAUUAUUAUUGUUCUUAUUAUUAUUAUUAUUAUUACUAUUACUAUUAUUAUUAUCAUUUGCGCUGUUGCGGAUUGAAUAAUUAAUUAUUCGUGGUGGAGAAGAAAGCAUGUCUGGAGAUGUUGCGGAUGAAGGCUGGCGAGGCAAAGCCCGCACUCGACGCGGAGAGCAACAGCAGCAGCAGCAGCAGCAACAGUCGACCCUGAACAGCCAACCGCCUGCCGAACCUCAUAUACAACCACAGCCUCAACUACAACUGCAACAACAAUUGGACCAGCAGUUCCAACAGCAGCUACCAUCUGCCAAAAUACUCAAGUCUUCGUCGCCUGACUUGUCAUCCCCUAAUUUAUCCGACUGCGAGAGUGUGCCUACUCCCGCCCAUUUUCUUUCUCGGUCUUCGUCCCCUAAUGCUGCCCCACAGGGCACCUCUGCCUCUACGAGCACUGCUAGCGCUACCGUCCCCGCUGUUACAGCUUCAAAGAGCUCUGGAGGUGCGGGAGUAAAAAGUGAGAAACAGGACAGCGCCGCAGCCACUGGCACCGCGAAGCCGAAACGUACGAGACGAAAGAAAGAAGACAAGGACCCAAAGGAGAAAACUAAGGAGACAAAGCCUCGAAGACGUCGCACUAGUAAUAGCAAAAACAAUAACAACAACAAUAAUAGUAACAACAAUAACAUAAACCAGGCUCAAAAUCAGCAGCUUUCGGUCACCAGCGACAAUGCAGAUCGGGGAGCAUCGCGCAAAAGAGCUAAGCUGGAUCAUCCACAGGAUACCAAGCCCAGUCCUCCCUCGCGGCAAUCCAAGAUCACCGAUCUAGUUACCCCCCAUUCUGCUCCUGCUCCUGCUCCUACUUCUACUCCUUCGACGCUAUCUCCAACUCAUGCGUCGAACCAGUUCCAUCUUGCACCAUCUUCGUCCACCUCCCCGCGGCUGCAGCCACACCACCAGCCCCAUCAUGUCCAUGGUGUUUCGCAGAACAGCAGCUAUGAAGCAUUCCCGACAAACGGGGAUUCCGGCCCUCCAGUCCGGCCCUAUCACAUCCAACCCGCUCCUUCUUCCACUCCCACUUUAGCUCCCGUUUCCGCGCCCGCACUCGGUCCGCCCCAGCAACACGCCCCACCCCAGCGCUCCAGCGGCCAGAACUAUGACCCCAUCCGCUCUGCUUUUGAUAACUCUUCCCUCACCACCCCUCAGUUCUCUGCAUCCUCAAAAAUUUCCCUAUCCUCCAGUCAUCACCAGUUUAGCCCCCCGCCCAAUACCAAGACACCGCCUCCUCGUCCAGUAUACCGAGCCAGUGCAUCUCCUGCUAUAGCCAGCAUCAUCGACCCUCCCAUCCAACCGUAUUCCUCAGCCCCCCUCCAGUCAUCUCUCUUUCAUCAACAGUCAAAACCUUCUCCGGAGAACAAUCAUUCUGCCAAGGACUCACCUACUUCAGCCACUCCCACCUCGACUCCUAAAACCAAUACGACAACUAUCCAACAGCCUAAUCCUGUGCAUCAGCCCCUGCCAUCCUCGUCUCUCUUGCAAGAACCCAUUAGCAUGGACAUUGACAGUGGGAACAGCGCACCAGCGCCUGCUUCGUCAGCACCUUCCAAACCAACUGCUGCAGCCUCCACCAAGAAGGGAGCCGCAGCUUCCACAGGUACGCCCUCCACCGCACCUUCUCCCAAACCGUCACGGACCAAAGACACAGUCAAACCUCUUCUCCCAUCAGGCUCAGGCUUGCUAGCCGGUACCCUUUUCGGCGUAGACCCCACCGAUAAAUCCAGCUCAACAACAUCCACUAUGUCCACCCCGAACAUCAUCCUCCACAUCCCCCUCAACGGCAAAACCAACCAGAUCAUCAACUUCACUCGACUUGCAGAGCAACAGUACGGCUUCGAUGCCCUCCAUCCCCGCCUCGCAGCGCAGCGCGAACGGCUAGCCCGCGUCAAUGCCGCUAGCGCCGCGCUCGAGAGGAACGAGAAGAGCGCCAAGGGUGCCGCUGGUACCGUUAGCGCAGCGGAGGAUGAUUUAAGCCUCGAUGCUGAUCGGGACAGCGAUGGGGAUGGCGAUGUGCUUAUGUCCGGCAUGGGUGGUUCACCGUCGUUGUUGAACGCCGAUGCAGGUAGUGAUGCAGGUGGUGCUGGUGCUGGUGGUGCUACCGCUACUGCUGCUCCUACUAAGAAGAAGAGACGGAGGAAAAUCGAAGAAUAUGACCGUGACGAUCCGUUCGUUGAUGAUAGUGAGCUUGCGUGGCAGGAACACGCUGCUGCGAGCAAAGAUGGUUUUUUCGUUUAUAGUGGUCCGCUCAUUCCGGAAGGUGAGAAGGUUGCUGUUGAACGAGCCGACGGCUCCAUAAAACGAGGCCGCGGCCGUGGCCGCGGUGGUGCUGGCGGUUCCGCUGCGGGUGGAGGUAGCUCACGCGGUCGCGGAGGUGGUGCUGUCUCAUCGAGCGCCGGACAACACCAUGCUGGCUCAUCUGGGCAUGAUGGUGGCGGCGGGGGUGGUGCAAAGGGUGGUGGCUCGACAAGGGGAGGGGGUGCGGUAGCUCGCAAACCGCGCGUGACGAAGGCUGGGCGGGAGACAAUGCAGCGGGAGAAAAUGGAGAGGCAGAAGUUGGGGUUGGAGUUGGUAGGGAAAGGGGGUGGUGCUGGUGCUGGUUCCGCUGGGGAUGGCGGUGCGGCUGGGUCUGGGUCUGGGACCGGGACCGCGGGUGCAGGUGCAAGUGCGAGUGGGAAUGUUAAUGCGAAUGAGAGUGGGAAUGUUAAUGCGAAUGCGAGUGCGGGUGUGAGUUCUAGCACUGGGGGUUCGUAGUGUGGAGAAGUGGAAGGCUUGAUGAUGAGAGAGAGUCGAAGAGAAUACCCUUGAGGAAGAGGUGGAUGGUGGAGGGGGAAGGAAAGAAAGUCAUGAGAGGUUGUUGUUAACGUUCAUUUUCUAUUUUAUUAUAUAUAUCCAUUCCGAAGAGCUAGCUUUGCAUGUCUGUGGUUCAACAUCAUCUUGUAUCUGAUUUUCUGCCUUUUGUUUUCUAGGGUUCUGGUCUGGUGUGGUCUGGUCUGGUCUGGUCUUCCUUUUCCAUGAUUGCUAUCCUCGGUUUGGUCGUCUCUUUUACUCUUCAUUUUGUCCUUUUAUAUUCACCCCUCUUUUUUUUUUCAUUUCUUUCGGUCUCCCUCGCUGCCCUUUAAAUUUAUUUUUCGAGCAGUUAGUUGACUUGAAUGCGAUGUGAUGGGUUAACUUUACAAUUAACAAUUUAACAAUUUCCGCGACUCUCGUCAAUAUAAAAACUCGCUCCAAAGUUAUUCCCUUCCCUUCCCUUCCUUUCACCCCUCCGUAAAUAGGAUAUAUAUAUAUAUAGACUCAGCCAGAAGCAAGGUGUUUCAGAAUUCGCAUUGAAAAAGAAGAGCCAUACACGCAGUGAUGUGGAGAUAGAGAGAAACACAGACGCGCGCGCGAUAAUUUAACCUCUUCCCCCUACCACCAAAAACAAAAAAGGAAAAGUUGUAUAGAUAGCCAACACAAAUAAGUUACAGAAAAACGUUAGCAGAGAUUUACUUUACUUCGCCGAACGAAACGGCCGUGAGAGGGCACCGGGGAGAGGGGGACAAAAAGAAAAAUGAAAAAACUCACCAAUGAUUAGCAGUAACCCCGCCUCUAUUCUCCAUCUGCUCCCAGCUGUUCCAGCUUCGAACCUUUUCGCCGGCCUCCCAGAUCUUCUGGCCCCAGAUGACAUAGGUGACCUUGAGCGAGCCGGCGUGGCGCAUGAUCCAUUCCGCGAGCGGGCGCCCGUUGGGGGAGUAUGCCCCUGUCAUCAAAUCCAACGCCAACCCCAGCGGAUGCUCCGACUUAUUCGACCGCUUCCCGUAGCAAAUCACAGACCGCACCUUGCCCGGAUUCGCACCCAGGAUCUUAUACCCAGCAUCGAUCACAUGGCGCUUGCAUCGGCUCUCGGGGAUCCUAACGGGCGGCGCUGCCGGCGGUGGCGGCGGCUUCUUGGUCGUGCAGCACAUCACGUCGUUCGGAUCAUUGGGACACGUCCAGGGGUCCUUCGACGUGCCCGCGCCGGGCGUCGCGUAGCCCUUGCAGGCGGACUUCUUCAUGCAGAUGCCGGGGACGCCGCGGGCGCUGCAGCGCCGGCCCCUUGGGGGCGGCGGCGGUUUCUUGGUGCAGCACCAUACGUCGUUGGGGUCGCGCGGGCAGGUCCAGGGGUCGUUUCGGGUUCCUGCGCCGGGGGUUGCGACGCCUUUGCAGGCGGACUUCUUGAUACAGAUGCCGCGGACGCCGCGGGCGUUGCAGGAGCGGGGUGCGCGUUUGGCAAGGCUGCCGUUGUCGUUGUCAUCGUCAGCGUCGAUGUCGGCGUCGUUGUCGUCGGCCAUGCUGGGCUUCAGAAGGGGGAGUUCAGCUGUGCAGAAUUGCCAGCCAUUUGGGGAGUGUUUGCACCCGUCGCCGGCGACGGAGACGCCAUUCAAUGCCUUACAUUCGGUUGGUGGCAUACAGUGUCCUUCUUUGCCUUCGAUGCUGCACUGUUCCCAUCGCCUUGUUUUGGCGGAUAGGGCGGUGCAGGAGGCCGUCAGGGCGAGGAGUGGGAUAAGGUAUCUCAUCUUCCCUUAUUCUCGGCGCGAAACUCCUACUCUUUGAUGUAAUCGGGAGAAUUAACUGGGGCCAGAGAGAUAAUAAGGGAGGAUAACUCGCGGUCGGAGUACUCCGCCGUUGUCGCGUUGUUGAAGGGGUUUGUUGUUGGUGGCUGCUCCUUUGGAUGUGAUGAGGGCAGAAGAAUUGUGGUCAUCGAUGGCUCUUUUAUAUCUGUGAUAGAUGCUUUAGAGCCCCAAGAUGGACAGCGCCUCUCAGCCUCAUCCCCAUGCUAUCUGUGCCCCCUGAGGCUCAUCCAUCUUCCCCCAAAUACGAAGUAGUGAGAUGCUACCAUUGAUGCCAAGCUUUCUCCAAGGCUGGAGUAUACGCUUCUUCCUCAUACAGACUACCUUGGCAAUGGACGAUGUUGAAAGAAGUUCGCGAAUCAGCGACCUCUAAGUCUCAAGAAGCCCUCGUCCAAACCGACUCUUGCCAGCUGAAAUCGUCCGUAUUUCUUUUGUUGGAAACGAGGCAUUGUUGCAUUGUUGGGCCAAAUAGACCAGAACCACGCUACGAAACGGGACAGACACUCGAGAUCUUCAUCCGUUCUUGAGGCCCUCAAGCCAAUCAUGCAGAGCGGCAAGAGAAAAAAAAGCCUUCCCCGGCCCCUUGCACUAAGAAGCCCGAAGGGGUGGGGGAAACUCCCAUGUGUCAAGCCUGGCUAAGCCGCAACUGCAGGAAAUGCUUCCCCAUGUUUUGCGGUGAAAGUUUUUGGAGAUGAUCGCAAUCUGCGCAUAGACUGUUCUCCGACGGACGGAAGAGGCAAGAAGCUGCUAGCAGUCGAUAUUUAUAGAACACGAG